AUGUCUGACAAAGCGUAUAUCUUACUAGAUACACAUCUACAUGUAACUUUCUCAUUUCUCUCAUUGACUCUCUUAUUUGCUUUCAUAUACUCUAACUUAAAGACAGAGAAAAGGCGGAAACUGAAAGAAGUCACAUCUAUGGAAAAUAUAGACAAUGCAACUAAAGAAAACAUUAAAAGAAUGAAAUCUGACAAGCGGCUUUUGAUGACAAUAUUCUUCAUCUUAUUGCUCUUUUUCCUAACAUAUUCGCCUUACGCUGUUUUCAUUCAUUUGGGAUUUUUCUGCACAUCCUGCAGUAAAUCCAAGUUCUAUUAUUUCUUGAGCCGAACAUCCGAGCCCGCAAUGUCUCUGAACAGUGUUCUCAACCCAUUUAUUUAUGCGUGGCGACACAAGAACUUUCGUAAGGCUCUAGGAUGGGUCGUGAAGUGUCGUGGACGAAAAAGGCCGAAUGUUUGA